GAACUUAUUUUCCGAAGCUCGUACCGCAAUCUUUCUAUUUCCUGGUGCUUUUAUCUCCAUAUCUCAAAAUCCAGGUUUGCUUGCGCAUCGCCCAUUUGGCAAGGGCUUCCACUGUCAAUGGAUCAACUCAGUACCCCGGCGUCCCAGCAGCUGUCGGGAUCCAAAGUCGAAGUGUGUAGUCGCUUAUGUGAAGGUUCUCAUGUCUCGCCUCUCGAAACUCCAGCACCUGAGCCUCAGUCUACGUUUCUCCCAACCACGGACCGGGAGCCUCCGUCGGUCGACAUGCAAGAACAGGGCGUUGGACCGAGUAAUAUUCCAAAAAUGGCGAAUUCAGCGCCUUUAGGUCUCUGUGCGUUUGCAUUGACCUCAUUUGUAUCAAAUUUCGUCAAUAUAUACGCACAUGAUAGGACAUUCGGUGGCAUCGACGUAGGAUUGCCGUUGGCUUAUGGAGGGCUGGCUCAGAUGUUCGCUGGUAUCUGGGAGAUGGCAGUGGGGAAUACCUUCGGGGCUACAUCCUUUUGCUCCUACGGGGCCUAUUGGAUUACCUCUGGCAUCAUGUCCGCUGUCAACAGGUCCGAAAAUCCCUCAAGAACUCCGAGUGGUGCGUCAAAUACGUGUUCGCCAGAGACCUUGAUGGGUGCCUUCCAUUUGGCGUGGUUCAUCUUCACAACCCUAAUGCUUUUGUGCACACUGAAAUCAAGUAUUGGGAUGUUCCUACUCUUCUUCUUUCUCGAUAUGAACUAUCUUCUUCUGGGAAUUGCGCAUCUACGAUGCGACUCGAAUGGUGACAUUCCUGUAACAAUUCAAAGAUGCGGUGGUGUCUUCGGUAUUCUGGCCUCAUUCGCUGCCUGGUACAAUGCCUUAGCUGGGCUGUUUGAUGAAAUCAACGGAUUCUUCGUAGUUCCCUUGGGCCAGUUCCCGUGGUCACCCGCCGCUCGAGCUCAUCGAUCCAGGGUGAAAAAGAAUAUGUGA